AUGAAGUCAUCUGUCUUCUGCUGGCUUUUGCCAGCCCUGGCAGCUUCCCAGACAACUACCACGUCCUCCCUUCCGGCAUGGGCCACGGGAGUAGAGACGGAAGAUGGUACUUGUGGCGGGACGACUGGCUGGGUGUGUACUCCCACCUGGGGUGCAUGUUGCUCCAAAGACGGACUCUGUGGUCGUUCCGCAGCCUUUUGUGGCGAGGGCUGCCAACCUCUAGCGGGAAACUGCAACGCACCUCCAGCCCCUAAACCUGGCCCUGGUAGCCCAUCACCAGAUGGCUCCUGUGGCGGUACAAAUCAGUUUAAUUGCACUGGUGCUACUUACGGUGCCUGUUGCUCGUCAAGUGGUUAUUGUGGCGACACAACCGGCCACUGUGGUGCGGGGUGUCAGACGUUGUUCGGCACCUGUGCAACGGUAGACGACUCCAUCAGCACUGACGGACAGUGCGGAAGCAACGGCAAGACUUGUGAAGGGUCGGCAUUUGGCGACUGCUGUUCUUCUGGCGGUUGGUGUGGCGGCUCAGAGACGCACUGCGGAGCUGGUUGCCAAGAGGCUUUUGGUAAUUGCACCAGCAACGGAAACAACCCGCCCUCCGGAGACAUCUCUAUUGAUGGCAACUGUGGAUCCAAUGGCAAGACGUGUCAAGGAUCGGCGUUCGGCGACUGCUGUUCGUCCAGUGGCUUCUGUGGAGGUUCAGACGCCUUUUGCGGUGCUGGUUGUCAGACUGGCUUCGGAGUCUGUUCAGCUGCAGCAAAUGUUACAACAGAUGGCGCAUGCGGCAAGAACGGCAAGACACCCACUGUGGAGCCGGUUGUCAAUCGUCCUUUGGCGAAUGCUCUGCUCCAAGCAACAUCUCUACCGAUGGGGCCUGCGGCAAGAAUGGGAAGAUCUGUAAGGGUUCAACUUUUGGUGACUGCUGCUCAGCAAAUGGCUUUUGCGGCAAAACCAGCGACCAUUGUGCCGCAGGCUGUCAAGCAUCGUUCGGGUCAUGCGACACUGGCAGUAGCAACAUUUCAACUGAUGGAUCAUGUGGAAAGAACGGCAAGACCUGUAAAGGUUCAACUUUCGGAGAUUGUUGUUCGUCAGAUGGGUUUUGUGGCUCAACCACCACGCAUUGCAAGGCCGGAUGCCAAACGGCUUUCGAAUGGCAAGACCUGCAAAGGUUCAUCGUAUGGGGACUGCUGUUCUGCCAAUGGGUACUGCGGUAAAACCGCCGAUCAUUGCGGCGCUGGUUGCAAUACGGCCUUUGGCACCUGCAACAGCGGAUCCAGCGGCAUCUCCACGGACGGUCUGUGUGGAAUACUGGAACUCAUUGCGGUCAAGGAUGCCAAAAAGGUUCCUCAAGCGCUUGUUUGA